AUGCUUCUGACAUCCGGGCAAGUCUCAGUCGCUAUUUCUUCCUUUAUCGUAUUUUUCUUUACGACCGCGCUCUUCCUCUCCGGUUAUGUUCUCCAACAGCAAACAGUACGUGAUUUAAGAGAAGCUAUCAAACCCCAAUUUCAAGCAAAGUUGGUGGGGUUAGAGGUUCCAGAUAAUCUAAAUAUCAAUGCGGAUAGAAGUGGAAGGAAAGGUCAGGUGGAGGGAUUUUUGCCCAAAAAGUUCGAGAAUGAAGCCGUGCGGGAAGGAAAUAUAAGAGCGGAAAUCAAGAGAGAUGUAGAGGAAGAGAGUGAUGAAGUGGUUGGAAAAAAUGGAAAAAAUAAGGCGCAGGGGGAGGAGAAUGAAGAGUGGAGUGGGGUUGAGCUUGAGGAGAGUGUCAUAGAGGUACGGAAGGACUACGGAAGUGUCGAGGGUGAGGGUGAGGGUGCUGAGUCGGUGGACAACACAGAGGGUAUUAAGAAAGGGGGAGGGGGAGAAAUUGCAGUUCCAGAAAAACCGUUAAGUCGUGCAGAAAGGAGGAGGAGGAUCAAAGAAGAGCUGGUCACAUCAGGAGAAGGGGAAACCUUUAAUGGGUAUCGAAGACGUGUUCCAGGCGCUUAA